AUGGCAUCAGCGACUAGAUUAUUAUUGGAGCUGUCCAUCCUCGCGCUGAUCACCGCCGCGGCGACGACGACGACCACCGCCGACGAGGCCUACAAGCAAUGCUACACCGGGAACGGCGGUGACCUGGCAGUGCGGAUAAUGAAAUCCCUCGUUCAAGAUUUGACCGCGAAACUGCCGGAUCGACGAGAGACGUACUACUGCAACGAGCUGACGCUGGAGGGGAUGAAGAUGUACGGGUUCGCGGAGUGCAGAGGCCGGGACAGCGACGGAGCCGCCAGCAUGAAGGCAUGCACCGACUGCUUGGAUCUGGCCGGGAAAUUGCUGAUCGACGAUUGUAAAGACACCGCCACCGGCUAUGCUUGGGAUCUCGACUCGGCGUGUUAUUUCAAGGUUGGAUACUCCAUUGAUGUUUGUCCCAAGGGGACUUACUAG